CCCGUCGACUGACCCUGCGCGGCUCCAAGAUCGCAGAUAUAAAUUCCCUCGCUGCUAGACCCGAGGCCCAGGAUCUACCGCAUCCCUCAGGCUUUUCGCUUUCUCCUCUAAUAUGAAGUCCUCAGUCGCCCUCGCCGUCGUGUUCACGGUCGGCGCCGCUGCGGACAGGACCUUCACUGUCUACAAUGGUUGCCCAUUCACGAUGUGGCCUGCUAUCUUCACCGGUGCAGGGACCUCAACACCGGACUACGCGACCGGAUGGGAGGCAGCCGAGUAUACCUCUGUCUCCUUCUCCGUUCCCGAUGACUGGACGGCUGGCCGCAUCUGGGGACGUCGCGACUGCGAUUUCUCGGACUCAAACCCUGCUACGCAAUGCGCUGACGGCGGGUGCAACGGGGGUCUGGAAUGCAGCGCGGACGGAGGAACGGGCGUGCCACCUGCCACUCUCGCCGAGUUCACCUUGGGAGGUUCUACGGGUGCUCCGGACUACUACGACGUUUCGCUCGUCGACGGCUACAACCUCCCGAUGAGCAUCACCAACAACGUCGGCUGCAGCGUCGCUGACUGCCCAGUUGACCUCGGACCCGACUGCCCCGCCGCGCUGAUCGGGCCAUACGAUUCGACUGGUUUUCCUGUCGGCUGCAAGAGUGCUUGUGAGGCUAACUUGGACGGAGACCCGACGAACUCGGCAAACUGCUGCUCGGGCAACUACGACACCGCGGCUACGUGCCCGUCGUCCGGGGUGGAAUACUAUUCCUACUUCAAGGAUAAUUGCCCGAACUCGUACUGUUAUGCGUACGACGAGAGCAGCGGAACGGCCCUCUGGGAAUGCGAUUCGAGCCUCAACGCUGACUACACCGUGACAUUCUGCCCCGACGCUGACGAGGAGUCGGCCAACCAUCCCGUGGUUCGUGGUCCGAGAGGAAACAAUACGUUGUUUAUGUAACGAAGCUGGACGUUUGAGAUGACAACGAAGAGAAGAUUGUACCAUCUGUAAUGUACAUGUAGCCGCCUGCCCUCGAUAUUCAAUUAUUAUUCGUGCA